AUGAAUAUGUAAUGUACAUUAAACAAUGAGAUUCUUCGUUGUUAGACACCUUCAACGGAUGAAACGAAUUAUGAUAUAAUAGAAUAACAAUACUAUUUGACAUAAAUAAUUGAAUUGAUAUUUGUGGAGAACUAUACAUAUAAAGAAUUGCAGAAGUACUUUACUUACACAUUCUAAUAAAUAGAAUAAUAUGAUUUCUUUUAUGAUUAAAUUUACAAAUCUGUUAGGGUUUACAUGGAAGUAUUGAAUUAAUCAUAUACUAGAAAAUUCUUUAACAUAUUUAGUAAUUUUCUUAAAUUACCAAACCUAUUGAUAUUAAGCAUUUAAAAGAUUAUGUAACAAUAAUCAAAGAGUUAGAAAAAUCUUAUAAGGUAACUUAGUUAAAGCAUAAAGAAUUAUAAGAAUUAGUGAAAUCAUUUUCUCACAAAGAAAAGAUUUCUUAAUCAAUUCAUUGUUUAAGACUUAUGAAAUUUUCUUUUACAAAUGUGGUUUUGAAGAAUUAAGAAGUAAAUGUAAGAAUCUGAUGUAAAACAUAGGACUUUUUGAUAUCAUUGAAGUAAGUAUUAGAUAAAAGGUUUUAUUCAUAAACUCAAAAAUAUUCUAAAACUAAGGAACGAUUAUAGUUAUUGAUAUAUCUUAUAAAUGAGAAAUAAUAGGAUUGCUUAAGUUAUUAUGAUGAUACUAAAAAAUGGAGAUUAUCUAGCAUAGUAAAUAACAAUAAUAAUGAAAAUGGUUCUGUAUUUAUUGAUAAUAAUAAUGUGACUCGAAAGAAAGUAUAAUAAGAAAGUAAUGUAAAACUUAAUGAAUAUAAAAAAUUUGAAUAAAACCUCGAAGAAUAUUUCUAGACAAAAGCAAAUUAUGAAAAAAUGGAUAUAAAUGUUUCUUAAGAAUGGAUAAAUCGAUUAAAAUAAAAAACCAAAAAAAAAUGA